CUUAAAGGGGAGGGAGCUGAAGAGUGGCUAGAGCCCUUUAAAACAAGGCGGGCUGGUGCCUGCCCCUUUAAGGGCGGGGCGUGCAGCCUUAAUCUGAGCCACAGAUUACCCCGAGUUUCCGUCACUGGCAGCGAGGAAAGGCUCCUUAAGAGGGUCCGGGUGUUUGGCGGCGGCGGCCUCAUCCCCCGCUCGUCCUCUCCCCGGGCCCAGAGAUACCCCCCCCGCCCCAAACUCCAGUCAUGCUGAACAGAGUAUGGAAGCAGCUGACUACGAAGUGCUAUCCGUGCGAGAGCAGCUAUUUCACGAGAAGGUCCGCGAGUGCAUCAUCUCAAUACUUCUAUUUGCGACACUCUACAUCCUUUGCCAUGUCUUCCUGACCCGCUUCAAGAAGCCUGCUGAGUUCACCACAGUGGAUGAUGAAGAUGCCACAGUCAACAAGAUUGCCCUGGAGCUGUGCACCUUUACCCUGGCAGUUGCCCUGGGUGCUGUCCUGCUCCUGCCCUUCUCCAUCAUCAGCAACGAGGUGCUGCUCUCGCUCCCACGGAACUACUACAUCCAGUGGCUCAAUGGCUCCCUCAUUCAUGGCCUCUGGAACCUUGUUUUUCUCUUCUCCAAUCUCUCCCUCAUCUUCCUCAUGCCCUUUGCAUACUUCUUCACGGAGUCUGAGGGCUUUGCUGGCUCCAGAAAGGGUGUCCUGGGCCGGGUCUAUGAGACGGUGGUGAUGUUGAUGCUCCUUACUCUGCUGGUGCUAGGCAUGGUGUGGGUGGCAUCAGCCAUUGUGGACAACAACAAGGCCAGCAGAGAGUCACUCUAUGACUUCUGGGAGUACUACCUCCCAUAUCUCUACUCCUGCAUCUCCUUCCUUGGGGUUCUGCUACUCCUGGUGUGCACUCCACUAGGUCUGGCCCGCAUGUUCUCUGUCACUGGGAAGCUGCUGGUCAAGCCCCGGCUGUUAGAAGACCUGGAAGAGCAGCUGAACUGCUCUGCCUUUGAGGAGGCAGCUCUGACCCGCAGGAUCUGUAAUCCCACCUCUUGCUGGCUGCCUUUAGACAUGGAGCUGCUGCACAGACAGGUCCUGGCUCUUCAGACACAGAGGGUCCUGCUUGAAAAGCGGAGGAAGGCUUCAGCUUGGCAGCGGAAUCUGGGCUACCCCCUGGCCAUGCUGUGCUUGCUGGUGCUGACGGGCCUGUCUGUGCUUAUUGUGGCCAUCCACAUCUUGGAGCUACUCAUUGAUGAGGCUGCCAUGCCACGGGGCAUGCAGGAUGCCUCCCUGGGCCAGGUCUCCUUCUCCAAGCUGGGCUCUUUUGGUGCCAUCAUCCAGGUUGUACUCAUCUUUUACUUGAUGGUGUCCUCGGUUGUGGGCUUCUACAGCUCUCCUCUCUUCUGGAGUCUUCGGCCCAGAUGGCAUGAUACUACCAUGACACAGAUAAUUGGCAACUGUGUCUGUCUCCUGGUCCUAAGCUCAGCACUUCCUGUCUUCUCUCGAACCCUGGGACUGACUCGCUUUGACUUGCUGGGUGACUUUGGACGCUUUAACUGGCUAGGCAACUUUUACAUCGUGUUCCUCUACAAUGCUGCCUUUGCUGGCCUCACCACACUCUGCCUGGUGAAGACCUUCACUGCAGCUGUGAGGGCUGAGCUGAUCCGGGCCUUUGGACUGGACAAACUGCCACUGCCUGUCUCCGGUUUCCCCCGGGCAUCUAGGAAGACCCAUCAGUGACCUGCAGCUGGGGGUGGGAGGGAGAGAACUGGACACUGCCAUCUGCUUCCUAGUCCUGGAAGGGAGUGCAAGAUGGUUGGACCUCAGGACCUAGAAUCUGAAAGGUUGGGUGGCAGAGGGGAACUGAGCCAUCUCUGCACUGUUGCAUAAUCUGAGCCAGAGUUUGGGACCAGGCCUGGGUGUUUUCAGACUUAGCUGUGGCCUCAGAUGAGGUAGAGCUAGGUGACUGGAUCUGGCUUCUGGUCUCAAAACUGUUUACACAUCAACCUGCCUCACUGCUGUUUUGGGCCAAGCCCAUAGCCAUGUUUACAUGAUUUGAUGUGCAAUAGGGUGGGGUGGGAGGGGGAGGGACUGGCCAGGGGCUAGUGGGGGAGACUGGUUGUGGUCUCCUUUGCCUCUGGCCAAGCAGAUCCUAAAGCACUGUGCUAACCUGGAGGACUUUGGACCACUGGAGACGGAGGGCAUAGGGAAGAAGAGGCUGCACCCAUCAGCAAUAAAGUUGAUACCAGGGUUUGCUUUUUUUUUUU